AUGGAUAAAACGCUACUGUUCUUAGCUAUCAUCGUCGCCGUCGUUCUUGCUCAUAGCGAAGAGAGCGGACAUUCAGAAGAAGAUGAUUCUGACGACGACGAACCCAAUGAACCACUCUUCAACGGAGAAAGAAGCCAUCAUCAUGCACGUAUACCUCCCCCACCACCAUACCUCCGCAAUGUUACAAAGAAAGCUCGAGAAGAGUACAUUACAAUUUUAAGGAACAUGUCUAUGACAAUCUCCGAACAAGAUCGGAAAACUCAUGCUUGGGCGGAAAAAUAUGGAGUUGCGGAUGAAUUCGCUCAGUUCAAUAGUAAUAUGGCUCGACUGAAAGAAGAAAUAAAACGUAACAUAACCCUGCUUAUAUCUGAACUACCACAGGCAGUGGACAAAGCUUUUGAAAUCUUGGAAAAUAAAAACCAAACUUUCUUACAACUUUUGCACACUUUUGGAAAUCUGACAAAAGAGAAUCCUCUUCUCUACCGCGCUGUAAAUUUUAUUUAUGAUAUUUUCUAUCUAAGGGCGUUUGCAGCCCAUGGGAUUCCAAGAACAUCGGAAGUAGUAUUGGAAAAAUCAUCUUCUGCUACCGAAGACGUGGAAGAUCAAGUGUUGAUGGACAAGAUAUACAAACUCUUGAAGGAUAAGGGAAACGACGUCGAGAUCAAACGAGCAGUAUCGUAG